GGCUGUCGGCAGUCAGUCAGUAAUAAGGCGGGAUAGGGUUAAAGAAGGGCUGAUGUUAUCAAAUAAUUUAAUAUCUGUAUGAUUUUGGGCUGAUCUGAGCAGAUAUGGAGUCAAGGACGCGUUUAAAGGGACGGUUUGUUUCGCGGAGUGAUUGAUUUUUGUCAAUGGGGAUUUUCUCGAAGAUUCACUCACAUCAUCAGACGUCAAUGAGUCAUCCACUGAUCUCGGAUCUGUUUUAAAAUCUUAAAUCUCGGAGAUGAAGCGGGUGAACAGUUUCCAGAGGUUUAUGAACAAUCGGGCGGCUGCAAACUGCCGUUAUCAGCCCACGUGUUAUGAGCACGCUGCGAACUGCUACACCCAUGCGCUCUUGAUAGUGCCAGCGUUUGUGGGCGUGGCACUGUUACACCGGCUGUCAGACGACCGCUGGGAGCGAAUCACGGCGUGGGUGUACGGCAUGGGUCUGAUCGCGCUGUUCCUCUUCUCCACUGUUUUUCACAUCAUUUCUUGGAAGAAGAGCCACAUGAGGUCUAUGGAGCACUGCUUCCACAUGUGUGACAGAGUCGUCAUAUACUUCUUUAUCGCUGCCUCAUAUACACCAUGGUUGAAUCUACGUGAGCUCGGGCCGUUUGCUGCUCACAUGCGCUGGUUUGUUUGGCUGAUGGCGGUCGCGGGAACGAUCUACGUGUUUAAUUACCACGAAAAGUAUAAGUUGGUGGAGUUGGCGUUUUAUCUGACAAUGGGCUUUUUUCCCGCAUUGGUGGUGACAUCAAUGAAUAACACUGAUGGGCUGUACGAGCUGGCGUUCGGAGGCUUUGUCUACUGCCUGGGCGUCGUCUUCUUCAAAUCAGACGGCGUCAUUCCGUUCGCUCACGCCAUCUGGCAUGUGUUCGUUGCGCUGGCUGCUGCCAUCCACUACUACGCCAUCUGGAAAUAUCUCUACCGCAGCCCGACAGCGGAGGAGAUCAGGGAUGCUUGAGAGCAGAACAUUUCCUCUUUCCUCAGUCGGUGUUUCUCAUGUCUUUCUUACUGUGCAUCAUGCUAACACCACAGCGAACGUCAACUAGUUUACCAGUACGACCAUGCAAUGUUUACGGGUGAAUCAAAUGAAAUCUGUCAAGAACAUGUCUCGGUCAUAUUUCACCCUAAAAUAAAAAAUAAGAAUUAAUAUUUUGCAUAAAGAAAAGAAAGCCUGUUUGAGAUUUUUUGCAAUGUGACAUUAUUUCCAAGCACAAUUGACCCCAAUUGUCAGUAUUGUAAUCAAAAAUCCUCAUUAUUUAAUUUAAAAGCAGUACAACUAAUACCACCAUAAUGUAUAAAUAUACAAUUUAUAUUACAUAUUAAAUAUAUGUAAAUACCUUAUAAAAAAAAUUCUUUGCACAAAACAUAAUUUCAUAUUUUAAUUUUGGUGUGAAAUAUGACUGUAUAUCAUUUUCUUGUCAUGUCAUGCGAGAUUCACCUUUACAGUCUGUGUGUGUGUCUCUGUGUGUGUGUCUGUGUGUGUGUGUGUGUGUCUCUGUGUGUGUGUCUGUGUGUGUCUCUGUGUGUGUGUGUGUGUAGAGUGUGUGUGUGUGUGUGUGUCUGUGUGUCUGUCUGUGUGUCUGUCUGUCUGUGUGUCUGUCUGUCUGUGUGUCUGUCUGUGUGUGUGUGUGUGUGUGUGUGUGUGUCUCUGUCUGUGUGUAGAGUGUGUGUCUGUCUGUCUGUCUGUCUGUGUGUCUGUCUGUCUGUCUGUCGUGUGUGUGUGUGUGUCUGUGUGUGUGUGUGUGUCUCUGUGUGUCUGUCUGUGUGGAGUGUGUGUGUGUGUGUGUCUGUGUGUAGAGUCUGUUUGUGCAUGUGUGUGUCUGUUUGUGCAUCUGUGUGUGUCUGUGUGUAGAGUCUGUGUGUGUGUGUGUGUGUGUGUGUGUGUGUGUGUGUGUGUGUGUGUGUGUGUGUGUGUGUCUGUUUGUGCGUCUGUGUGUGUCUGUGUUUGUGUGUGUGUAGAGUCUGUUUGUGUGUGUGUGUCUGUGUGUAGUCUGUUUGUGCGUCUGUGUGUGUGUGUGUAGAGUCUGUGUGUGUGUGUGUCUGUGUGUGUGUGUGUGUGUGUGUGUGUCUGUUUGUGCGUCUGUGUGUGUCUGUGUGUGUGUGUGUAGAGUCUGUGUGUGUGUGUGUGUCUGUGUGUAGUCUGUUUGUGUGUGUGUGUGUGUGUGUGUAUAGAGUCUGUGUGUAGUGUCUGUGUGGAGUCUGUGUGUGUGUGUGUGUGUGUGUAUAGAGUGUGUGUGUGUCUGUGUGUAGAGUCUGUUUGUGUGUGUGUGUGUGUGUGUGUGUGUGUGUAUAGAGUCUGUGUGUGUGUCUGUGUGUAGAGUCUGUUUGUGUGUGUGUGUGUGUGUGUGUAGUGUCUGUGUAGAGUCUGUGUGUGCGCGCGUGCUGCAGAAUUAAAUGCCUGCAGUAAUAUAGCUUAAGUCAUUUUUUCUGUCAGUAUUGUGUACAUUUUCUAAAGCAGAUGGACAUAUAGCUUUUGUGAAUCACUUCUGUUCUGAUCUUUUGAUAAUCUUGUGGUGCAUUCUGAUUGACACACAUGCACGCACUCGGUAGCUAUUUCAUAUCAUCUGUAGUGAAUAAUUUUGUUUCAUUCAUGUGUUUCUUCUUUUUCUUUUUUUUACCUCAGAUGAACUUUAGCUAGUUGUUUUCUACACUCUUAAGCUCUCCUUCCCCCAUAGUCCGCACUUUGGGCAGAAUUUGAAAGUGUUGUGUAGAGUUUAUUUUUUCUAUGCAGCACUUUUCUAACCGGAAGAACCACUUCUAUUUUAUAAUCCAUUUUUAUCAGGCAAUUGAUCGGAUGCUGUGCUCGGAUAAAACUGCUGUAGAUACACUGCAAAGAAUCUGUAUUUUUGUCUUGUUUUCCAGUAAUAUUAUCCAAACAUCCAAACAAGGUUUCUGUCACUUUACAAAGUUUUUCACUGCCUGAAACGCCUUGAAGAAGCACUUAUAUAGUGUGUCUAAAAUUCAGCACAAUUUUCAAUAAAUAUUUCAGGAAAAUAUAUAUAUGUUUUUUCUGGGAGAGAGUUAUCGGCUGAGAUUGGAGUCAUUCAUUAAAUAACAGUUCCCACAUUGGGCCUUUGCAUGUGUAAUAUCCCUCAGAAAUGACAAUUAUGUUCAUAAUUUUCAUUUUCUACCGCAGUAUCCUGCAGAUAUCCCCUCUAAACCAUCAGCCAAUGAAUUUGUCAUAACUUUAGAUUAAAAUCCACACGUGAACUACAUUUCCCAUCAUGCAAAUCACCAUGCCUGUAUUCAGUGUCAAGCGCUAUGUGAUGAAGAGGAUCAUGGGAAAGUGAGUUCUUUAAUAGAUUCUUUUAAACGUCAGCGUUUUCAUUCCUAUGACUUCAAUUGUUUUUACGCCUGUGACACUGUGAAUGCAUUGAGCUGUGAUUAAUGGUUUGGAUUGUUUUGUUAACACAGUUGUUGAACUUGUUUUGCAGUCCCAGCACUGAUGUGUUCUGAAUACUGUGUGAUUUCAAACUCGGAGAUGUGUUUUUAGGGUGCUACACCCUGGUGGAGCUGCAUUGUUUGAUUGCAGCUUUAGCGCAUUAUUUUAUGUCGUUUUAGGUGUUCGCUCAAAGGCUGAAGCUUUUGUGUUGUAACAUUUCACUGUGGUUCAUAAACACAUGCUUUUAUUUCUUCAUUCUUAUCAUUUUAAGUCUGAUGAAUUGUGUUCGGGCUGCAUGAUCAGAGUAAUUCUGAAUUGUAGAUCUCUGGGACAAACUGACAUUUGUACAAUUUUCUACAUCUGUUUCUUGGCACAUGAUUCUGCACUGGCCUUUUCAGACCCAACAGAAAAACCUCUCUGUGUUUGGUGCUGGUUUUACAAGACUGUAUGUGAACAAUACUUACUAAGUUUCUAAAGUGUUAAUAAAAGAAAGCAGCAACAUU